AUGGAUUUUCAAGCCAACAAAGCCAUCAGUUGUACCAAAUAUCGGUUCCUGUACUUCAACCCAAACUUCACUAAAUCUCUCAAAUGGCAGUGGCUCUGUAACCAACAUGGACCCAUCGAGUAUAGAAACCGGAAACGUAAGAUAAUUGGAUCACCUCCAUCGGUGAAUUCAAAAACUAAACAAAAGAAAGCAAGGCCAGGUUCGAACAUUACAGGACCAUCGAGUUCUGGUCUUCCACCAUUGUUUGAAACAGAUUCAAAUCCUGAAGCUACUCAGUGUCCAAACCAAAACAAAACAAAUGAAUUCAUUCCUCCACCAAGGUUCAUCGUACAGGACCAUCCUGAAGCUUAUAAUAAUCGAUAUGAAAUGGAGAGUGAGUCUGAAAAUGAAGAUGAAUAUGACGACAAUCAGACUUACAGUGGCUAUCCUGGUGGAGAGUCGGACGGAGCUAGCGCUAAGAAACUAAGAGAACCACUUGUUCUUCUUCUGCAGAAUAUGUUAGAUCAGUAUAAUCCUCAUGUUAAGGCUUUUAGAUCUGCAAGAGAUAGGUUCGACGUGGAAGGAUCAACAGGUUAUAGGAUGAGGUUGAUUGAAAGUCGGCAAUCUGAUGGACGGACCCAUAAUCUGCCCACUGCAAAUGAAGUUGCUGCUUUGAUACCUGGAGAUUUUGUUUUAAAUAUGGAGCCCCGAGAUAUUGUUCUAGAGAGUACAAGUGGAAAGUUGCAAAGGAUAAGUGAAUUACAUCCGGCGUAUUUGCCUCUGCAGUAUCCACUAUUGUUUCCAUAUGGAGAGGAUGGUUUUCGAUUAAAUAUUCCAAUUGGUUUUGAAGACACGGCUGGGAGAAAACGCAAAAAUGUAACUAUGCGUGAAUACUUUGCAUUUCGCAUUUUAGAGAGGAAGGGGGAAGCACCCACGAUUACGAGAUCCGGAAGAUUGUUUCAUCAGUUCCUUGUGGACGCCUACACAAUGAUAGAAUCGAGUAGACUGCGUUACUUAUGGCUGAAUCAGAAAAAACUCCGGUCAGUUAGUUAUGAUGCAAUCCAGAAGGCAGCUGCAAAAGGCGGAGCUAAGAUGGCUGAGCAAGGGAGCCGAAUUUUCAUCCCAGCAACUUUCACCGGAGGAAAACGUUAUAUGAAGCAGCAUUACUACGAUGCCAUGGCUUUGUGCAAGUACUAUGGAUUUCCAGAUCUUUUCAUCACUUUUACGUGCAAUCCAAAAUGGCCUGAAGUUACAAGGUAUCUGAAAAAAUAUAACCUUACCACCGAAGACAGACCUGAAAUUUUGUGUAGAGUUUUCAAGAUGAAACUCGAUAAUCUUAUUGAGUUUUUGACAAACAAGGACGGCUCCUUAUUUGGCCCAGUUUCUGCAGUAAUGUACACGAUUGAGUUUCAGAAAAGAGGAAUGCCACACGCUCAUAUUCUCGUCUUCAUGCAAAAUGGAGCCAAAUUUCCAACAGCUGAUCAUAUAGACACUAUUAUAUCGGCUGAGAUACCUGACAAGACGGUAGAUCCAGACCUGUAUGCAAUCGUUGGGGAUUGUAUGAUGCAUGGUCCUUGCGGUCCAGCAAAGAAGGAUAAUGUAUGUAUGGUUAACGGUAAAUGCUCUAAGAUGUUUCCGAAACGACUGAACAUCAGGACAUCGAUUGACGCAAAUGGAUUUCCAGCUUACAUGCGUCGUAUUGAUGGUAGGUUCAUUGAGAAAAAUGGAAUCAGAUUAGACAAUGGAUAUGUUGUACCUUACAAUAGAAACCUCAUGCUUAGAUAUCACGCGCAUAUGAAUGUCGAGUGGUGCAUCCAAACGCGUGCUGUUAAGUAUCUUUUCAAAUAUAUCCAUAAGGGACCUGAUUAUGCUUCAGCUGCAAUGGAUAAAGAAGAUGAAGAUGGCGUCAUCGACGAAAUCAAAACAUAUUACGACUGCAGAUAUAUAACUGCAUGCGAGUCAUCGUGGCGGGUUCUUGCUUUUCCUACACAUUUUCGUACUACUUCUGUAGAGAAACUUGGAUUUCAUCUCCCUGAUCAGGAGCUGGUGUUUUUUUAUGAAGAUGAACCUAUUGAGAGUAUCCUCAAGAAAAAAUCUGUCAACCAAUCCAUGUUUCUGGCGUGGUUCAUAGCAAAUCAAAAAUAUCCAGAGGCAAGAGAUUUGACAUAUGCCGAAUUUUCAACAAAAUUUGUUUGGAAAGCAAGUAUGAGAGAAUGGGUACCACGUAAACGAGGCUUUGCGAUAGGGAGGAUUGCACAUAUUAAUCCAGCACAAGAUGAGCUAUAUUUCUUAAGAGUAAUGCUAAAUUGGGUAAGAGGGCCGAAAUCGUACGAGGAUAUAAGAACAGUUGAUGGUGUUGUAUAUUCUACAUACGAAGAUGCUUGCUAUGCUUUGGGUUUGAUGGAUGAUGACAAGGAAUACAUAGAAGCUAUCAAAGAUUGUAGUGAUAAUAGUUCUGGCACGUAUGCGAGGAAGCUUUUUUCGAGAAUGUUGGUAUCCAAAACAUUAUCUCAGCCUCAUGUUGUGUGGGAAGCUACUUGGGAGUAUCUAACCGACGAUAUUCUCUACAAGAAACGACGACAAACUGGAAAUCCGUUGAACUUGACCAUAGAUCAUAUCAAAAACAUUGCUCUAACCGAGAUUCAAAAUCAUUUGCUUAGCAAUGGUCGUAGCCUCCAGAAAUGGCCCCUAAUGCCAAAGCCAGAUGAUUUUGGUUGUUACAACGGCAAUCGCCUUAUAGAUGAUGAGCUUAAGUAUGUUGUGGAAGAUCAGCUAAAGGAAAAUGAAAGACUUAUGGCGAUGAUAACAGAUGAGCAAAGAGGGGUUUACAACGAGAUUUUGGAUGCAGUUUUAAAUGAUAGCGGUGGAGUGUUCUUUCUUUAUGGUUAUGGAGGCACAGGUAAAACCUUCGUAUAUAGAGCACUCUCAUCAGCAAUCCGAUCUAGACGUAUGAUUGUUCUAAAUACCGCAUCCAGUGGAAUUGCUGCAUUAUUGUUGGAAGGAGGUAGAACCGCACAUUCCAGGUUUGGUAUUCCGAUAGAUGCCGACGAGUUUACUACUUGCAAGAAAAUGGAGCCAGGAUCAGAUCGUGCAGAAUUAGUUAAAGCAGCAAAGCUCAUUGUAUGGGAUGAGGCGCCUAUGAUGAGCAGACACUGUUUCGAGACUUUGGAUCGUUCUAUGCGUGAUAUUAUAAGAUCUUCUGAAGACAAACCUUUUGGAGGUAAAGUAGUUGUUUUCGGUGGAGAUUUCAGACAGAUUUUACCGGUCAUACCUGGAGGUGGUAGAGCAGAGACUGUUUUGCAAGCUCUUAAUUCGUCAUAUCUUUGGGAGCACUGCAAAGUUCUGAAGCUAACAAAAAACAUGAGAUUGCUCGCUGGGCUUACUGAUGAUGCAGCAAAAGACCUUCAAUCCUUCUCAAAAUGGAUUUUGGAUGUUGGAGAUGGAAAAAUAAAUUUGCCAAACGACGGUCAGGUUGACAUUGACAUCCCUUCUGAUCUGUUGAUCAAAAAUAUUGGAGAAGAUCCGAUUCAAACUAUUGCAAAGGAGUUGCCAGGUGAAUACAAGGUUUACCUUAGCUCUGACAGUAUAAUCCCAUCCGAUGUUGAUGUAGAAGAAAAUGUUACCUAUCCAACAGAGUUUUUGAACAGUGUUAGAGUGGCAGGAAUGCCUAGACAUAAUUUGAAGCUGAAGGUUGGUGCUCCUAUUAUGUGUCUCCGUAACUUGGAUUUGGUAGAUGGCUUAUGCAAUGGUACUAGGCUAAUUGUUACUCAGUUGCUCCCACAUGUUAUAGAAGGUAGAAUUAUAACUGGAAACAGUACUGCUGGAGACAAAGUCUGGAUUCCUAGAAUGUAUGUCAGUCCACCUGACACAAAGUUUCCCUUCAGAAUGCGUCGAAGACAGUUUCCCGUUACACUGGCUUUCGCGAUGACCAUCAACAAAAGUCAAGGUCAAACACUAGAAAGUGUUGGUUUGUUUUUGCCUAGGCCAGUGUUCUCACAUGGUCAGCUCUACGUUGCACUUUCAAGAGUUAAGUCGAGAUGGAUUAAAAUCCUAAUAACUGGUAAAGAAAGGAAGGCCGAGACAAAAACAUUGAAUGUUGUCUACAAACAAGUUUUUCAAAAUAUUCCGUAG